AUGGUCGGCCCCAACAUUGAAUUAUCCAAUGGUGUUCUGAUGCCCCAGUUCGGACUCGGCACUUGGCAGGCUACCAAAGAAGAAGUCAAGAAUGCUGUUCAUGCUGCUCUUGCCAAAGGAUACCGUCUCAUAGAUACUGCAUUCGUUUACAGCAAUGAAGAAGCUAUCGGAGAAGCUCUGCAAGAGGCUUUCGCUGCUGGAGUUGUCAAGCGUGAGGAUCUGUUCAUUACCACCAAGGCUUGGGCUGCCUUCUUUGACCCUGCCAAGAUUGAGGAACAUCUGAAAGAUUCUUUGAGAAUGCUUCAGCUUGAAUACGUAGACCUCUACCUUUUCCAUAUGCCAGGAGCUUUCAAGGAUAUGGCUACUCAAGACCAUAACUUAACUGUUGAGCAAAUCUGGGGAGGUAUGGAAACCCUCUAUGAGAAGAAGCUCACUCGUGCCGUUGGUGUUUCUAACUGGAGCCCCAGUCAGAUUGAGAGAGUGAUGAAAGUGGCUAAAGUCCCAAUUCACAACUGUCAAAUCGAACUCCAUCUCUACUGGCCCCAGGCUGAGCUUGUUCAAGUGUGCAAAAAGUACAACAUCUCUGUAACUUCGUAUGCUUCUCUCGGAUCCCCAGGACGUGUCAACUUUACACUUCCAAGCGGACUCAAGCUCAACUGGGCUGAAUGUCCAAACCAACUGCAAGAGCCUUUUGUUCUUGAAUUAGCCGAAAAGUACAAAAAGACUGCUGCUCAAGUUCUCUUGAGAGCCCUGAUCGACAGAAAAAUUGCUAUCAUCCCAAAGUCUAUCUCUGAGCAUCGUAUUCAAGAGAACAUCGACAUUUUCGACUUCGAAUUGACUGCUGAGGAGCUCACCAAGCUUGACCAAGUGCCUUUCAGACAAAGAUUGUUCCUUCAAGACUUCCUGAUUGGUCACCCUGAAGAUCCAUUCAAGGAUGAGCGUGUGUAA